AGAAGAGUCAAGUAUCCGUAUUGCAAUUAAACAGAUAUAUCAUUGCUGACAUGGAGGAGAAAGCAUCUAAAUGCCUGGAGCGUGAAAAGAGUUUCACUCGGAGGGAUCUUCUGCCGCAACAUGAAAGGGGGGCUCACACCGGGAACAAACCCUAUACUUGCCUGGAGUGUGGAAAGAGCUUCACUCACCGUGGAAAUCUACGUAGACAUCAAAGGACUCACACUGGGGAGAAACCCUUUAAAUGCCUGGAGUGUGGACAGAGCUUUGCUCACAGUGGAAGUCUACGUAGGCAUCAAAGGACUCACACUGGGGAGAAACCUUAUCCAUGCCUGGAGUGUGGACUGAGCUUCACUGAGAGUGGAAGUCUACGUUCCCAUCAAAGGACUCACACUGGAGAGAAACCCUAUACAUGCCCGGAGUGUGGACUGAGCUUCACUCAGAGUUCAACUCUACAUAGACAUCAAAGGACUCACAUUGGGGAGAAACCCUAUACAUGCCUGCAUUGUGGGCAGAGAUUCAGUCGGAGUUCCCAUCUACAUUCACAUCAAAGGACCCACACUGGGGAGAAACCCUAUACAUGCCUGGAGUGUAGACAAAGCUUCACUGAGAGUGGAAGUCUACGUUCCCAUCAAAGGAUUCAUACCGGGGAGAAACUUUAUACAUGCCUGGAGUGUGGGCAGAGCUUCACUGAGAGUGGAAGUCUAUGUUCCCAUCAAAGGACUCACACCGGGGAGAAACCCUAUACAUGCCUGGAGUGUGGAAAGAGCUUCACUAAGAGUGGAAAUCUACGUUCCCAUCAAAGGAUUCAUACCGGGGAGAAACCUUAUACAUGCCUGGAGUGUGGAAAGAGCUUCACUCAGAGUGGAAGUCUACGUUCCCAUCAAAGGACUCACACUGGAGAGAAACCCUAUGCAUGCCUGGAGUGUGGAAAGAGCUUCAAUCAUAGUUCAAGUCUGCAUAAACAUCAAAGGAUUCACAGUGGGGAGAAACCUUAUAAAUGCCUGGAGUGUGGAAAGAGCUUCACUCACAGUUCAGGUCUACGUUCACAUCAAAGGAUUCACACUGGGGAGAAACCCUAUACAUGCCUGGAGUGUGGACAGAGCUUCACUCACAGUUCAGGUCCACGUUCACAUCAAAGGAUGCAUGCUGGGGAGAAACCCUAUAAAUGCCUGGAGUGUGGAAAGAGCUUUACGCAUAAUUCUGGUCUGCGUUCACAUCAAAGGACACACACUGGGGAGAAACCCAUAAAUGCCUAGAGUGCAAAAAGAGCUUCACUCAGAGCUCAGGUCUACGUACACAUCAAAGGACUCACACAGGGGAGAAACCUUAUAAAUG